AUGGAAUCUGCAGAUUCGGACCGUCCUGUCAAAAGGGUUCGACAGGCUUGCGAACCAUGCAGUUGCCGGUAUAAUACAGAAGCUUAUCAAGCCAGGCGCAAAAAAGCGAAGUGUCCUGGCGAACAGCCGAUAUGCUCCCUGUGCGCACGAUUGCACCAAAACUGCUAUUACUCAGAAGAGAGGCGGCGGCGCCUUGCCUCCGACGAUGACAAUCGAUCUCCAUUGCCAACUCUGCCAACUCUACCCGAUGCCCUGGAUAGCAGGCUCCAAAGUCUUGAGGGGAAGAUAGAAACAGUUCUCGACCGCCUAGGGUACUGUUGA